CCCUUCCUGCCCGCGCCCGCCCGCAGCCGACCGCGAGUCUCCCCGGUCGCCGGCGCCCUCGUCUCCGGCGAGCCCCUCCCACAGAAUGCCAUCUCCGUCCCUCCUCCUCCCGCUCCACCUGCCGCCACUCCGCCCGCGCCUCGCCGCCUCCUCCCCCUCCCCCCGCUACCCGCCCCCCUUUCUCAGAACCCUACCACCGCUGGCCCCCACUCCUCGCCUCGCCCUUCCCGCCGCGGCGGCUCGCUCCGGCGGGGGAGGUGACCGCGAGGGAAACCGGGGCCCGGCGGGGGACCGCGGGCGCGUCAUCCCCAUUGCGCGGUGCUACGAGGCGGGCCUCGCGCGGCUCGAGGUCUCCGGCGCCGCGCGGCGGGAGCAGGCGGUCGCGGCCGCGGCGGCGGCCGACGGUGGGGCGGCGGCGGAGGCGCACCUCGGCGCCGGCUCCGAGGCCAUGGUCAUGGAGGCCUUCCUCCCCGGAGCCGGUGGCGCCGCGUCCACUCGAGUGAUUUUGCAAGCCAAGGAAGUCAAAGAGAAGGCCGCUGAGAUAAAGAAGGACUUUGGUGAUGAUAUUUUCUCUGAAAAUGAACCUGAUUCCGAGAGUAUCUUGGCUAUGGCCCUCAAGCAAGUUGUGAUGCAGAAGCUUUCAAACUAUCGGCUAGAAAUCUUCUCCCCAGGUUCAGGGAGGAACAUCCAGGACUGGAGCAAACAACGGAAGGUUCCUGUGGAUUUUAGCAUCAGUUCAUCGGAUGAAAAACUUCUAUCCGCUCUUGCUGAAGCAAUUUUCUCAUGUGUCAUUGAGGAUACCGAAAAGAGUUACCUCGGUGGCACAGGCGGGUUUUUUCAAACGCAGAAGCUGAACUGCUCAUCUGAUUCCACUGUUUGUAUACACAGAAUUUCCGAGGCAGAAGUUGCAAAUAACGCUAGGAGAUGCUUGGAGAGUUUUAAUCUUACCAAGUCCUCUCAUGAAGUGGGCAGAUCAAAGAAUGCAUGGUGGCCAGCCCCAAAAUAUGGAAGGUUGGCGGAGAUCGGGGGUCCUGAUUUUAUCCUUUGGGCCCAUGAGUUCGUUCCUUCUUAUAAACUGCAAAUUAAUGCCAAUGCAUUCGAGAAUACGAAGCUUGAGGGCUGUCAUGAGUUAGCAAAUAAUAGGUGGGAAGUUCCCAUAUCCCACUUCCAACUGGUGGAACUAGGGAAUGUUGUUGACAUGUAUUUUGAAGAUCAAUCUACGAUUCCUGGAAAAACUUUCCGUUCUCACUGGAAUGCAGAACCAUCCAAGAUUAGAAGGAACAAUGGUUAUUUGAACAACCUUUUUUCUUUCUUGGCUGGUUGUUCUGUUAUUUUUAUUGUCGGCGUCGUUGCUCAGUUAUGCUGGCCUCAAUCUCUUAAAGGCAAAAGGUUGUUUAUGGGCAGUUCACCCACCUCAUCAUCACAGAGCUAUUGUUCUGAUGUUCAUUCUCUGGAUAAUAGUGAGGUACGAGGUUAUUGCAUAUCUGUUGUUAAGAAAAUAAAAGAUUCAUGUGGUUGCCCUGGGGAUAUAGUGGUUGAUGAAAAUAUUGGUGCUUGGAUUGGAGAACUGCCUGACUGCUUCAAGGCCAUCAAUCUUGGCGAUAAUGCUGCUUCUGAUGAUGCUCAGUAUUCCUGUACUGUUAUCAAAGAAAAUAAGAACCCAUUGGUAUCAACUCCCACCGAGAUGACUUCUCAUCUGGAACAAAACGAUAAUACCCAGGAAAGUCUGCAGAACAUUGCUAGCUUUCAGGUGGUGAUGUCAGAAGAAGGUAAAUUGCUAGGUUUUCAGCCAACAAGCCGCCUAGCUGUGAACCAUUGGGCCGAAAAUCCACUAGCAGCACUGCUGUAUGAGAGGCGGAAGCUUUCUCCAGCUUUUCUGGAGCCUAGGCUUAAAAUUUCCCGUCCUGCUAAGGUUGUCCCAAUUGAGUUGUUGAUGUCGGUAAAUUCAGAAUCUUUUUUUGCUUUGGCGAGGCCUGUUCAAGAUCCAUGCUAACGGAGGUUAUACUGCUGACAUACCGAUACCCUGGCGGUCGCAUCAUCGUAUCCGGAGCCUGCUGAUGCAAAACUCACACCCCUUCUGAGCUGCCUUGGCCUCAACCUUGGCUCGCGGAAACCUGGAAGGCUCCUCGCUACACCUAGUCUUUCCGCUGCACAUCCCAAAAACUGCACCGUAAAUACCAUACUGACCAACAGUGAGCGUCACUCACCUUUCGACCAAAAACAUCAAUCCUGUAGCUGCACAUGAGCUCCACCACCAUUUGAUUGGAAGAGAAGCCCAGUGGUACCUUGUGCAUGCAUAAUUUACCAGCGAAAUAGAUGCAAGGGAAGAAGAGUGCGUCUGUACCGAGUAUGUCAGUGAUGAGCCUGCCGUUGCUGAACCGGCCGGUGGGCCUGCCGCCAAGGAAGCCCGCGCCGUACGGCAGGAAGUUGGCCCUCAUC